AAAGAGAGAGAGAGAGAGACGCAGGUAAAUCAGUCGGUCUAAUGAGCUCGAAUAAAGAGUUCAUCUGCGAUGGAGAUCCCUGACUUUUCCUUAGAGACUGUUAUUGUUCUCCGUCUCGUGUGUUACUUUUUAUUUACUCCUAUGUAUUAAAUAGCAGUUUUUGUUUGUUUGUUUAUUUGUUUGUUAGUUUUACUAAGUAACUCUAACUUGUGUUAGACAGGGACUUAUCUUCUUCCUCAUUACUGUUUUUAUUAUUAUUAUUAUCAUUAUUAUUAUUAUUAUUUUGAGCGUUGUUUAAAGAAAGCAGUGAUCAUGCCGGACCAGCUGACCGUGUCUGAGUUUAUGGACAUUACCAAUGAGGAUUAUAAAGCGCCUACAACAUCCAUCUUCACCACCCGAAUGGGCCAUUGCCGGAAUACAGUGGCUGGACUCGAGGAGGCUCUUGAUGCAGACCGGAGUGUUCUGAGCAAAAUGAAGAAGUCUGUUAAGGCCAUUUACAGCUCUGCCCUUACUCAUGUGGAGAAUGAGGAUCAGUACACUCAGGCCCUGGAGAAGCUUGGAGAAGUGUGUGUGAAUAAAGACAGCCCGGAAGUGGGAUCAGCAUUCCUCAACUUUGCUGUUUUGACCAAAGAACUCACAGGACUCUUUAAGAACUUACUACAGAAUAUGAACAACAUCAUCACCUUUCCUUUAGACAGUCUGCUGAAAGGAGACCUGAAAGGAGUGAAAGGGGAUUUAAAGAAGCCUUUUGAUAAAGCCUACAAGGACUAUGAAACCAAAAUUAAUAAGAUUGAAAAAGAGAAGCGGGAGCAUGCCAAGCAGUUUGGGAUGAUCAGAGAGGUCAUUGGAGGAGAGAUUGCUGAGGAGAUGGAAAAAGAGAGACGAGCCUUUCAGCUCCAGAUGUGUGAGUAUCUCAUCAAAGUCAAUGAAAUCAAAAUCAGGAAGGGGGUUGACUUGGUGCAGAACCUCAUCAAAUAUUUUCAUGCCCAGUGCAAUUUCUUUCAGGAUGGGUUAAAAGUUGUGGAGAAUUUUAAACCGGCUGUGGAAAAACUGUCCACAGACUUACUAGGGGUUAAACAAGCUCAAGAAGGAGAAAAGAAGCAGCUGAUCCAGCUUCGAGAUAUGCUAAAGUCAUCCAUACAAACAGAACAAAAAGAAGAUUCUCAGAACAAACAGAGCUCAGGCUACAGUCUCCACCAGCUUCAGGGUAACAAGUCUUAUGGCACUGAGUACUCUGGGAUGCUCUCCAAACGCAGUGAAGGGCUGAGGAAGGUGUGGCAGAAAAGGAAGUGCUCAGCGAAAGGUGGAUAUUUGACCAUUUGCCAUGGAACGGCAAACAUACCACCAGCCAAACUCAACCUGUUAACCUGCCAAGUGAAAUGCAAUCUUGAGGAAAAGAAGUGUUUUGAUCUCAUAUCCCAUGACCGUACAUAUCAUUUUCAAGCAGAUGAUGAAUCUGAAUGUCAAAGAUGGGUGUCUGUGCUGCAGAACAGUAAAGAAGAGGCUCUGAACGAUGCCUUUAAAGGGGAGCAGAAUUUGGGCGAGAACAAUAUCGUGCAGGAGCUUAGCAAAGCCAUUGUGGGUGAAGUGAAGAGGAUGAGUGGCAACGAUGUGUGCUGUGACUGUGGAGCUUCUAAUCCAACUUGGCUCUCCACUAACCUGGGGAUUCUGAUCUGCAUUGAAUGCUCGGGUAUCCAUCGGGAAAUGGGGGUGCAUUACUCCAGAAUACAGUCUCUGACUUUAGAUGUGCUGGGAACAUCCGAACUCUUGCUGGCAAGGAAUGUAGGAAAUGCAGGCUUCAAUGAUAUUAUGGAGGCAAAACUAUCAGGGGAAGAAAUAGCCAAACCCAACCCUUCUAGUGACAUGCAGAGCCGCAAAGAUUUUAUCACAGCUAAGUACAUAGAAAAGCGUUUUGCUCAGCGCAGACGUACUGAUGCCACUGCCAAACAGCGCAGCCUCUACGAAGCGGUGAAGAGCCGUGACAUCUUCUCACUCCUGCAGGUAUACGCCGAAGGAGUGGACCUGACCGAGACCUACCCUAUGGUCAAUGAACAUGAGCAGGGUGAGACAGCACUACAUCUGGCUGUACGAAUAGUAGACAGAAACUCCCUCCACAUUGUAGACUUCCUUGUCCAGAACAGUGGGAAUCUGGACAAACAAACUGUAAAAGGAAGCACAGCAGUUCAUUAUUGCUGCCUGACAGACAACAGCGAGUGUCUGAAACUUUUACUGCGGAGCAAAGCCUCUGUCACCAUGACCAAUGAAGCUGGAGAGACACCACUGGAUGUUGCCAAGAGGAUGAAGCACACACAGUGUGAGGAGCUGUUGACGCAGGCACAGACCGGCAAGUUUAAUGUCCAUGUGCAUGUGGAGUAUGAGUGGUGUCUGCACAAUGAAGACCUGGAUGAGAGCGAUGAUGAAAUGGAGGACAAGCCGAUCCCUCAGAAGCGAGAGGAGCGACCUAUAAGCUGCUUUCUCCCUGGUAACGCCUCUAUUCAACCCAACAUGUCUGCCCUGGCCCGGGAUGUGGUCAAUGCUGUCCGGGAAAAACAGAGAAGCUUCAUCCCCAGCAUACUGUGUAAUGAGACCUAUGGCACUAUGAUGGAUCUCAGUCCCCCUCCUUCUAACGUACUCACUGUCCCCAUAUCACAGAUCCCUCCACGGAACCCAGUCAUGGGCGUUGGUGGCUGGAAGGCUCUGGAGACAGCAGGGAGGCAACGAUCCUCUUCAGACCCGCCCAAUCCGUCCAGUCCAGACAGCAACAUCUAUGUUCUUCCUCCUGCUCCUCCUCCUCCUCCUCCACCUCCUCCUCCAACUGUCAAGAAGCCAAUUAUCCCAGAUCUUAAGAUCCAAACAAAGAAUGUCCCUCUGCCCCCAGUGCCACCUGCACCGCCAGUCCCACCCAAUAUUCAGAAGCCCCUGGCCCCCACUAUUCCCACCGCCCCACCACUUAUUUCAGUGCCCCCUGCUCCUCCAAUGCCCCCACCUUCAUUCAAACCCACACUACCAGCUAUACCCAUGCAGCCUAGAGCCCCUACAUUCCAACCCAUCCCAGGAACCGACAAAAAAGCUCCCAAACUACAACCAAUCAGACCUAGGCUGCCUGAAACAACUGAAAAAGAUGCUUCGGUGUCAGCACCGAGUUCUGUAUCAUCACCCCCUGCUCCACCUCCUGUCCCUAAACCUAGAUUGCCUCAGGCAAAAACUAAGCCUAAGCGGGUGAAAGCUCUCUACAAGUGUGUGGCUGAUAACCCAGAUGAGCUGACUUUCGCUGAGGGAGAGAUAAUUAUAGUAGAUGGAGAGGAAGACAAGGAGUGGUGGGUGGGGCACAUUGAAGGGGAUCCGACCAGAAGAGGAGCUUUCCCCGUUUCAUUUGUGCACUUCAUCAAUGACUGAUAUUGACUCAGAUCUGAGCUGGACACUGAAACUGCUGCUGCAGAGUUUGGGAUUGUAUCUCACAUACUGCCACGUUGCCAUGUUGAGGUUUAAUAAGGGAAUUAAUCACUUAAGCUUCCUUUUAUUAUCAGCCAUCUUGCCCCAGCAAUUGAAUGCCUUGAGAACAGAUUGAUUAUUAUGUUGUGUAACAUUUUUGUGACUCCAAAUAUUUUGCUGGAUUUCUAUUCUGGUGUUUUAAAGAUUAUUUUGGAGUUUGGUUGUAGAGCAACCUCUCAACUUAUGCAACCUCUUCAUUUUUCCUGUAAGCUCUGUUACUGCACAAAGUCAUUAAAUAUUUUAUGUCAUUUUCACAA